AUGAUUGAAACGCUGCUGAUUCUGACUUGCAUCCUCAGUUAUGUAUUUGUUGUGUAUCUCAAGCUCAGGGAGCUGAGGAAACUGUCUAAAAAGCCUUCUGAGACAUAUCUGAAUCUUGCAAGCAUCGAGCAGAUAGAAAAGACAAGAGAGUACAACAGGGACAAGCAAAUAAUGUCUAUAUUUGAGCUUUCGGUUCUUCUUUUGAAGGAUAUCUACUUUAUAUGGAAGAGGGUUAUGCCUGAAAUGUACAGCAGAUAUAUGAUUGAUAAGUGGUAUUGGGACAUACUGUUUGUUAUAGGGUACAUGCAUGUGCAGAAGAUGUUUGAGGUUCCGUUUGAACUUGUGUCGACGUUUUAUGUGGAAGCCAAGCAUGGGUUCAACAAGACCACAGUGAUUGAGUUUUUUAAGGAUAUUGUGAAGAUGAUGGUGGUGAUGAGCGUAAUUGUCGGGCCGUUUUCGUAUGUGGUGCUCGAGAUCAUCCGAAGAUACUACGAGAGAUCGUUUUAUAUUUACCUAUGGGUGGUAGUGGCGGCAUUCCAGAUUGUACUUGUGGUGGCAUAUCCGAUCGUGAUACAGCCGUUGUUCAACAAGUUUGAAGAGAUGAAGGACUCUGAGCUGAAGACAAAGAUAACGAAGCUUGCAGACAGGGUAGGGUUCCGUGCAAACAAGAUCCUGGUUAUGGACGCAUCGCUUCGAUCGGGGCACUCGAAUGCGUAUUUUGUUGGGAUAAUGAAGGAGAAGCGGGUUGUUAUAUAUGACACGCUGCUGAGCCAAGUUGACGAGGAGGAGAUUCUUGCGAUUCUGUGCCAUGAGUUUGGGCAUUGGAAGCACGGGCACACAUUGAAAAUGAUUUCUUUUGGGCUUCUGGUGCAGCUGUUGUAUCUGUACCUGCUGAAUGCCCUCUUGAGGUACCAGGACAAGUACGGAAUGCUUGGCAUUGAGAUGCCGCUGAUGAUAAGAUGCUUGUAUUUUUUGAUGUGUAUUUCUGCGAUGAGUGUUCCUAUUGACAUACUGGGCAACUGUGUAUCAAGGUAUUUUGAACGGCAGGCAGACAGGUUUGCAGUUGCGCUUGGGUAUGGCAAGGAGUUGCGCUCAGGACUGCUGAAGCUGUACGAGAAGAACAAUGGAAACAUGGAUCCUGACCAUCUGUAUGCAGCAGUGGUUUACAGGCAUCCCACUGUGAUCGAAAGGAUCAGAUUGAUUGAUGGCGAGAUGAAUAAAUCGAAGUGA